UAAUUCCUCUGGGCACAUAUAGGAAGAUGGCUCACAUUUACGAGCGAGUGGUGCAACUCAUCUCGCAGGAUCCUUCCACGAGACAUGCGCGGGACAUCGAGUCGCUGAUCCCGUGGUUUCAGAACAUGAGCGGACUGUUCAAGUCACAGAAAACAGAUGUAGUGAAGGAUAUUGUGCGAAACUGCGAGUUCCGAUCCGUUCCGGCAGACAACAUCAUCAUCAAACAGGGAGACACUGGCGAUUGUUUCUACAUCAUUUUGAGCGGUUCCGUGUCCAUCUACAUCAACCAGACUCUAGAGGAACAAGGCAACAUCCAGAACCCCAACGACCUUGCCAAAGCCAAGAGGAAGGCCAAACACCGAGCCAAUCGGAGCCGAACCAACAGCCUCAUACCCCCGCCUUCCCGGGGCAGGAGCAAAAGCCUCGCCAAAUCUACCACCACCCUCCGGUCUCCCUCACCCAAACCGCGACCAAAAGGUCCGGAAAAGCGCGACCGUAAAACCGGAGAGACUAAUAAAGACGUAUCGGAGGAUUUGAAAAAUAACGCCGGCGCGCGGAACAGGGCGCGCACCACCCUCUUGCCGCCGAGCGAGAGCCAGGAGCUGCAGCCCGGCGGCUCCACGAGGGAAUCGCGGUCCCAUAGCUGGGUGCCGCCGACUUACUCGGAGAAGGAGGCAAGCUUCUUUUCGAAGAAAGAUGAAGAGGAGGAAGAAACGGAGACGGGUUCCUCGAGCGAUGAGGACCAGAUGAAGACGGAUUCAUCCGGGAAGUUGGACAGGACGAUGUUUGGAGUACACAUCAGGGAACUCGGUCCGGGCAAGAGUUUUGGCGAGUUAGCUUUGGUACAGACCAACCUGAUACGGAGCGCGUCGGUCAUAGCCGACCAGCCUACGGGGCUGAUCGUGGUGGACAGAGACCUCUACAACCGAUCACUCAAGGCGGCACAGCAGCAGGAGUUCGCGGGGAAGAAACAGUUUGUCAACACCUUCCCCCUGUUCAGUCACUGGACCCCGCGGCAGAGAAAUGUCAUGGCCAUGAGCCUGACCAGAGUCCGGUACCAGUACGGCAACAGCAUCGUCAGACAAGGGGAUAAAGUCAGGGGACUCAUCUUCAUCACGUCAGGCCGGGCCGUGGUUUCCAUAGAUCCCAUCCAACACAUCGAGCAGUAUCCGAACAUGUGCAGCCAAGAGGAUGUCCGAUAUGCCAAAGAAGUCAGGCUUUGCAAGAGAAGUCGAGCCUCUUUCCCCGGCUCAUCCGACUACUGGUUGCAGGACCUUCACAAACCAGGCCCCAACAACCCCAGGCGUAGGGAGGGGUACGCAGCCGCAGAGAAGGAAGUCAACAUGAGAUCGGUCCAGCUCUGCGCUAUCGGAACGAACGAUUACAUAGGUGAUAUCUCGGUCUUGCUGCACCUGCCGACCUACGUUGCCACGGUAACUUGUCUGGAACCUUUGGAGGCGUUGGAGCUGGACUUAAACAACUUUGAGAGGCAGGUCUUUAAGAAGAGUCACUCGACGUACGUAACCAUGAGGGAGAUAGCGGAGCUGAGGCUUGGAGCGAGGGUGAACAGGUUACAGGAAGAACAGGUCUACAGCCCAGUCUUCGAAACCAUGCUAGGGAAAUUCCAAGAGCUGAACACCUCGCCAGCCAUGAAGGCAGCCUUGAGGAGGAAGCAGGCGGAGGAGGAGGAUCUGAUGGUGUCCCUCUUCACUCCCAGCUGGCACAUCUACAGGGAGAAGCAACGCUUGUUUCUCAGGAGAAGACAGAGAGAGAAACGACUACAGGAAAUGAGGAUGCAGCAGAUGGCCCACGCAGCCAGCCUGGGUAUGCAGCUACGACUACAGAGCACGAACAUGCUCUCAGAACUCAAAGAAACUGAGGGAUCCAACCUGCAAUCCCACCGCACCCACGAAGACGCCUUACCUGCCAGCUUACGCAACAACGCCAUCCCUACGUACUCCUUGCAACCCGUUAAGGCAAUCACGCCGUUGGUUGGCAGACAGCGCAGCAUGAGUGAUCGCUACGAUCGGUACUACCUACCCUCGCAUUCCGUCGGUGCCCUGCCCCGGGCACCGUUGAUUUCCACCGACAGCUCGCCGUUGAUGAACGGACUGAGCGAGAACAAAGACACGAAGGGUGGAGGGGAUGCUGGUAAAGAGAUGGGGGAGGGUAGUGGACCUCCUGGUGACUCCGUCUGGGGCAAGGAUCUAAGAAGGCCCCGCUUCAAGUCCUGGAGCGGUCAAAUUGGGAGACAGGACUCAGGAGAUAACAACACCCUCCCCAAGUUACCAGAACAGCAGGCUUCAGACAGUCAACAACGAAGACUCCAACCUCAGCAGGCUAACAGUCUGUUACCUCUUGGAAUAGGAACAGCCCAAUAACCGUGGAUUAUA